AACAAAUCGCGGAACGAAUAACACCGCAGCGCACCUCCCUUCAAGUCAUAUCCGAUUCGAACGUCGACGGUGAAACAGCAUCAUGUUCCGACUGGCGGUUACAUCACGGUUCGUCUGCCAACGGCUCGUCCGGAGGGAAGUUUCCAGUGGCUUCACUGCUACUCUGCAUUCCUCGGCCAACAUUUCCGCGUUCACCAGCACCCGACGGACGGCUCACACGCACGGAAUUAGCAGCGCAAGAUCAUUGUCCACAUCGCAGCCAAAGUUGCAAAGUGAAGAAGUUGAAGUAACGUUCGUACGAGCAAAUGGAGAACGCGUGAAGGCAAAGGGCAAGGUGGGUGAUUCACUGCUGGACGUCAUCGUCAACAACAACAUCGACUUUGAAGGUUUCGGUGCGUGUGAAGGCACGUUAACCUGCUCUACUUGCCAUCUGAUCUUCUCGAAGCCCGACUACGAUCGGUUACCGGAAAAGCCUAGCGAUGAGGAGCUCGAUAUGCUGGAUCUAGCGUACGAGCUAACCGACACGUCCCGGCUCGGUUGCCAAAUAACGCUCUCGAAGGACCUGCAGGGGCUUGAAGUACGCGUACCGGCUACGAUCAAUGAUGCCCGUAGCUAAGGGCAUCGAUACAUUACCGUUGCGCAUUCCUAGUAUCUUCCCGCAA